UUUCAAGCCGCCGUUACCCAUACCGCCUCCGGCACACCCCCAUCACCACCACCACUGAGGAUGGCCGGAGAAGGCCCUGCAGCCUACAGACACUACACCAACCCGCUGCAGCGUUCUCCGAGAGGACCAAGUCAUCACCACCACCACUCAACCCCCAGAUGGACCAAUCACUCUGGUUCAACUCGGGAACUUUGGAGGUCUUGGCCGUUCUCUUGCGUAACAUGUUCUGUGCAAGAUGGCGUGGGUGGAAUGCCACCAUUGGUUGCGUACCCUUCAACCUCUUACUGAGGGGGAGGGGAGGGGAGGGCGCCCAUCUGCUCAUUCUUUGGCUGAGUGCAAUUGUGAACCUUCUUCCCCCCCUCAAAAAUCCUUCCAUCUUCUCGAAUUCUUUUCUGGAAGUGUUUCCAUUUCUUAUCGAUCGAGUUCAUCGUGCAGGAUGUAUUAUUACCACCUCUCAUAGUCUUCAGAUUGUAUCCCGCUGUCACUUCCCCAAAAAUUACCAGAUUCAAAAAUGGAAAAAGCAUGGGAAAUCGAGUCUCAGAAAGGGGACAUCCAGUCAAAGCCCGCAGAGGUCGGUGAGGUGGGGAAGACUUUCUUGAUCCACACAGGCUGGGAGCAUUUUUAUCAUCCAUCUUAUUGUCCACCAGCGACUUUCUCCCCGCGGAACGGGUAUACCCUUUGACGUAUCUUUGUGAUCUGCCACUUCCCCGCUACCUUGAAACACUAUCAAGGACUCAAGGCGAACCUUGGUCGCUGCAUCAGUGCAUCUAAGCUUGACUCUUGGCGUUGCCAGCCCUCCUGUAAUUUCUGGUCUUUUCCCAAUCCCUCCCCCUAAACCCUUCAUGUCUUCACGGCUGCCACGCUUUGCUGUUUUGGUGAU